CACUAAGCCACUCUCUCUCUCUCACAGAAUAAAGUGGGAGUGCAGUAGCGGUGCCUCUCACACAACAGAAACUCUCUCUCUCUCUCUCUCUCUCUAGAUCUUGUGCAAAAUUUGGGGAUCUAGCCAUGAAUCGCCACCACGACCCCAACCCAUUUGACGAAGAAGAAGUCCAGGUCGAGGUCAAUCCUUUUUCGAAUGGUGCUGCUGCUCCUAUGUCAAAGUCGCGUGUUCCACCAGUGUCAUCUGAACAUCUGGGUUUUGGGCAGAAACAUGAUGCCACAGUCGAUAUACCGUUGGAUACCAUGAAUGAUUCUAAGCAAAAGGCAAAAGAGCUUGCAACUUGGGAAGCGGAUCUCAAGAAGCGAGAAAAGGAUAUUAAACGGAGAGAAGAUUCUGUUGCAAAAGCUGGUGUCCCUGUUGAUGAUAGAAAUUGGCCUCCUUUUUUUCCAAUUAUUCACCAUGAUAUAGCUAAUGAAAUACCAAUACAUGCUCAAAGGCUACAAUAUAUGGCUUUUGCAAGUUGGCUAGGCAUAGUUCUUUGCCUAUUUUUUAAUGUGAUUGCGAUUAUUGUCUGUUGGAUUAGAGGCGGGGGUGUUAAAAUAUUUUUGCUUGCAACGAUCUAUGCUCUAAUGGGAUGCCCUCUUUCAUAUGUUCUUUGGUACAGGCCUCUCUAUCGUGCAAUGAGAACAGAUAGUGCCCUGAAGUUUGGUUGGUUUUUCAUGUUCUAUAUGCUCCACAUUGGAUUUUGUAUUGUUGCGGCGAUAGCUCCUCCAAUUGUCUUUAAUGGGAAAUCAUUGACGGGAAUUCUUUCGGCAAUUGAUGUUUUCUCUGAUCAUGUGGUGGUAGGGAUAUUCUACUUAACUGGGUUUGCAUUGUUUUGCUUGGAGUCUCUUCUAAGCUUAUGGGUACUUCAGAAAGUAUACAUGUAUUUCAGGGGGAACAAGUGAGGUUUGAUCCGGGGGAUUGCAAUCCAAUUGGGAUUCAGAGUUGCAUUGCCUUUUUCGAGUGGUUUUAGUAUAUUCUUCUGCAGCCUAUUAUGUUUGCCAUUUCGUUUUUAUAAAUGCAUUGCAUGAGUCAGUAAGCUACUUUGGAUUGGACUCGACAGAGGCUUGCUUAUAUAUGUAGAGCAAGGGUCAAAUUCUUAAGUAGAAGUGUACGAGACCGGAAAUGCUCAUGAGUCCAUGACCCCGACGCAUUGAAGUGGCUUCGAUAUUCGCUGGAGCAGUUAUCUUUGGAUUGGACUCGACAGAGGCUCCCUUAGAUGGUACUGGAUGUCUUAGUUAAAGGAUAUCUUUGUGUUUCUCUUGUGAGUUGCAUCGACGCGAUGGUAACAAAGUGGCGCAUGAAUUAGCUAAAUUUGUUGUUCGAACUCGAGGCUAUGGACUAUAUGGGCUGGGAAUUUGAUAUUUCAGUUGUAUUUUGCCAUUACUAAUGCAAUGAAAUUCAGAUGUUUCCAGUAAAAGUAAAUAAUGAAAAACACCUCUAUUAUGGUAAUAACAAGUUAAAAGGAAAAUACUUGCAUUCCCUUUG